AUGUCUUUAUUUCCAGAUUCAAAACCAAACAAUGACGAAAAUUGCAUCAAAAUGAAUCCAGACAUACAAAAACAAUUAAACAACAUCGUCGAAGAAAUAACAAAACAAGUUAAUGCGAUAAGCGCUGAAUAUGAUGCUGUUGACUUGAGGUUGCUUGAAAUCUCCGUAGACCGACAUUUUCCUGAAGAUAAUCAAAAAAAUACAGUCGUUCAGAUAACAGUUAAUGAUUGCACUAAUGGUUUAAAUCAAAGUAAUACAGAUGAUAUUAAAUAUCAUACUUACUCUGUUAUACAGGAAGAUAUUUCAAACACAUCGAACAAAUCUCUUAACAAUGAUAAUGAUUUUGAGAAUUUUGAUAGUGAAACUGAUAAUGGUAAUGAUAGCAAUAGUGGUAAAAUUGAUAAUGGUAAAGUAAUUUCUGAAGUUUCACUGGAAGAAAAUGAUUUCGACGAAGACGAUCUUUUCAUAGAUGAUAUAAACCCUGAAUAUACUAAAAAACCAGAUACUCAAGCCGCUGAUGAUAUAGUAAUAGAUGAAUUUGACAUCGAUUUUGAUGAUUUUAAUGAUAGAGAAACGAAUAUAACUUCACAAAUAAAUGUCAAAAACGAUAUUCCAGUUAAACUGAACUUAAUAGAUUUCAAUAAUAUCAAACAAACAAAGUUUGAUAAAGAGUUCAAAAAUAUUAAUAGUAUAUCCAAGGAACUAAAUUUGAUUGAUAAUGAUGACAAAAUUUUCUUUCGGGCAAUGAAAAAAGCUCGUGGUGAUGGUCCAUUUGUUAUUUAUGAGAGAUAUGUACAAGAUUCCGUACAAUAUUGGUUCUUU